CCAAGAAGCACUUAAAAGCUUAGGAAUAGAAUCUUUUAACCAGGUAACCUUUUUCAAAUCAAAAUCAAUAGCAGAAGUAAUUCCAUCUUUUGUCUCAGAAAUGCGUACCAAGUUGCUACUGAUGAUUUUGAAUUGAACAGUUUUGCUUUCAAUUGAAAUUCUAAACCCAUGAGCAUGAGACUUGGCAGGUUCAAAAAUUCCCCGUGGCUGGCUAUGAAAACUCCCUGGUGUAAUCUCAAUCCUGUUUUGCUGGGAGAAACGCCGCUGAAAACAAUAAUUGUAAGGUCGAUAGUCAACAUACUUCACGACUUGUGGGAAUCGGUUCUAGUUCUUCUAAAUUCACAACAAUUGCAAACGGGGGAUUCUCAAACAUUUUAGCAGAUAGAACAAAUGAAAACGUUGAUAGUAGGGUCAAUAGUCUGCAUCCUUCUCCACCUUUGGGAAUCAAUUCCAGUUCUUCUAAAUUCACAAGAUCAAGUGUAAAGGAAAGAAUCUCUAACUUGUUUUGCAGAUAGAACAAAUGUGUUGCAGUCACCGUUCAACUCUUCUUUAGUAUUGACCACACAAAAUGUGAAUGACAUAGAACGUCAUGUUGGUAUUGUACCACAACGCACAUUGCCUGCCAUUCAUGACGUUGUUCCAUCACAAACCAACAUAUAAUCAGUAGCGAAUAUUGGGACAUUGGUGAUCUCAAUUAUGAUUGUGAACACUGUGGGGCAUUGUUUUGGUAUGAUGAAGGAUUGCUGCGAAGUUCUACUAUAGGAAGCACUAAGUAUUCUCUAUGUUGCGGACAAGGGAAGAUAAAACUAGCACCUCAGAAAGAGCCUCCAAAAGAAUUGUGUGAUUUGAUAAAUGGCACAGAUCAAAAAUCAAAACACUUCCAGGACAAUAUUCGAUCAUACAAUAGCAUGUUUUCUUUCACAUCAAUGGGUGGGAGGGUUGAUCAAACAAUCAACAUUGGUGGCUCACAUCCAGUUUUUAAACUUAGUGGUCAAAACUAUCAUUUGAUUGGGAGUUUGUUACCCAUGGAAGGAAAUGUCCCCAAAUUUACGCAAUUGUAUAUCUAUGACACACAACAUGAGGAUGUUAAUCGCCUCACCUCAGUGGGGUAAUAACCUAAUACAACAUGAAUUUGUUUUUGUUUUUAUUAUGAGAUUAUGGGAUUAUGCUAAAUAUUAUGAGAAACGAAAGAAGAAAUUGCAUGCUGAUAUUGUCUCUACCCUAAGGCAAAUGUUGGAUCAACAUAACGUUUUAGUCAAGUCUUUUAGGAUGGUUAGAGACAAGAUUGCGGAAUGUGGACAUUCCAAUGUUAACUUGAAGUUAAUUGGGUGGAGAAGUAGAGAUGCUAGAACAUACAAUUUGCCCACGGUGCCUGAAGUGGCGGCUUUGAUAGUUGGUGACUUCGAUGAGUCUUUGGGCCAGAGGGACAUAGUGGUCGAAACUCAGGGGGUGCUUUGAAACGAAUCAAUGAGUUGAAUCCUGCUUAUUUGGGGCUACAGUAUCCACUUCUGUUUUCUUAUGGUGAAGAUGGGUAUAGAGAGGAUAUAAGUUUUUCAGAAUCUAAUAGUAAAAGUACUAAAGGUUGCCGAAGUGUUAGCGUGCGGGAAUUCCUUGCAUAUCGAUUACAUGAUCGUGGGGCUGAGAAUUCCUUUAUCCUCAAAGCUAGGAGAUUGUUUCAACAAUUUGUGGUAGAUGGAUACACAAUGGUUGAAUCAUCUAGACUAGCUUAUAUAAGAUUGAAUCAGAAGCAAUUACGAUGUGCAAUGUACAAAGGCCUGACCGAGGCAUUAUUGAGUGGUGAACGAGAUGCUUCUACCCAAGGAAAGAGAAUAGUGUUACCACCGACAUUUGUUGGAGGAGCCAGAUACAUGAUUCAAAACUAUCAAGAUGCAAUGGCUAUAUGUCGAUGGGCUGGAUAUCCAGAUCUUUUCUUGACUUUUACUUGCAAUCCAAAAUGGCCAGAAAUUGUUAGAUUCCUUUCUGAAAGGAAUUUGAAUCCUGAAGAUCGCCCUGAUAUAAUAUGUCGAGUCUUCAAGAUGAAGUUAGAUGGAUUGAUCAAAGAUCUCUGGUAAAACAAGAUCUUUGGUGAUGUUCGAGUAGUUGUUUACACUAUUGAGUUCUAGAAACGUGGAUUCCCACAUGCCCAUAUAUUGUUGUUCAUGGGAAAUGCAGACAAAUUUAAAGCUCCUGCAGAUAUAGAUCACAUUAUAUCAGCCGAAAUUCCUGACGAGUCAAGUGAUCCUGAUUAUUUUAAUGCUGUAAAGAAUGCAUAUGAUGCAUGGCCCGUGUGGGAGAGAUGCAAAAAACGCACCAUGCAUGGUCCAAUCUAAAUGUUCUAAGCACUUUCCAAAGAAUUUCAAUGUGCAUACUAACAUUGACGAAGAUGGUUAUCCCAAGUACAUGAGGCGGGAUGAUGGGAAAGAGAUUGUGAAGACACUAUACCACUUGACAACAGACAUGUUGUUCCACAUAAUAAGUAUUUGUUGAUGAAGUAUGGGGCUCAUCUUAAUGUCGAGUGGUGUAACCAAUCAAGGUCUAUCGAGUAUCUUUUCAAAUAUGUGAAUAAAGGUAAUGAUCGCGUCACAACUGCAUUUUAUGAGACCACGAAUAAGGAUGGCUCAGAAAAACCCGUGGACGAAAUUAAAUUGUACUAUGAUUGUCGAUACGUUUCACCAUGUGAGGCAAUGUGGCGUAUUUUAGGGUUUGAGGUACAAUAUAAGAAUCCAUCAGUUGAGCGUUUGAGCUUUCACUUUCCCGAUGAGCAAUAUGUAUAUUUUGAUGAUGAGGAUGCAAUGACAGAUGUUGUACAACGUGAAUCUGUUAAACAAAGCAUGUUUCUGGCAUGGAUGAAGGCCAAUGAUCAGUAUGCGGAGGCCAAAAAUUUAACUUAUGCUGAAUUUCCUCAGAAGUUUGUUUGGAAGCCAAAAACAAGGGAAUUUGUUCCUGGGAAGAGGGGUUUCGCUUUGGGUCGAGUGGCAUAUGUACCUCCAGGAUCAGGAUAAUCUUAUUAUUUGCGAUGUAUCCUCAAUUUAAAGCGUGGUGCUACGUCUUUCGCCGAUUUACGAACUGUUGACGAGGUUUGUUAUGAAACGUAUCACGACACGUGUUACGCAUUGGGUUUGUUGGACGAUGAUCGAGAGUACAUCGAAGGUUUUACGGAAAGCAGUUUUUGGGCUUCUGCUUGAGGACUUAGAGUUCUAUUUGUAAUAUUGCUACUGGCAGAUACAAUGAGUAGACCUGAAUACGUUUGGGAGAAAUGAUGGAAUUUUAUGUCUGAUGACAUUUUUCAUAUACAAUGACGAGCUUUGCUACAUCCAGG